AAGUCCAGUUGCUUUGCCCCCAACUAUAUACAUACAUCUGCUCCUCUCUCUCUCUCUCUCUCAUUCUCUCUCUCUAAAACACACACAAAGUAUCGUGCAAAACCAACAAAAGUGACCUCCCAUCUUCUUCCCACUCUCUUUCUCUCUCUACCACCACGUCCAUUACCACCCAUCCAUCCUUUUGGGCACCUUGUCCCCUGAGAGAGAGGGAGAAAUAGAGAGAUAGAGAGAGGGAUGGAGAAUUCCGGCAGCGUUGACGAUCAGAAAUCUAGCCCUAGGGGACACUGGAGACCAGGCGAAGACGAGAAGCUGCGUCAGCUGGUCGAGCAAUAUGGCCCCCAAAACUGGAAUUCCAUUGCUGAGAAGCUCCAAGGUCGAUCAGGAAAGAGUUGCAGGUUAAGAUGGUUCAAUCAACUUGAUCCGAGGAUCAACAGGAGGCCAUUUACUCCCGAAGAAGAAGAGCGGCUCCUCUCUGCACACCGCCAUCACGGUAACAAGUGGGCGUUGAUCGCUCGCCUCUUUCCCGGUCGCACCGACAACGCAGUCAAAAACCAUUGGCAUGUGAUCAUGGCUCGAAAGCACAGAGAGAGAUCCAGGAUUGUCAACAAGAGAAGGUGCAACCAUCUCAUAACACACAGCGAUAAUUCGAGCAACAAUACCACAACUUCACAGCCUUAUUAUCGUAUUUCUACAGUUUUUGAUCCUUGUAACAUGACAUUAUCAGGUUUGGGAAUUCGAGAUCAGUUCAGCAAUGUCAGAUAUGCACUGCCCUCUUCAACAAGGGCAACUGUAGGGUUAUUAUCUCCUUCUUUUUCAACGAUAGGGCGGCCUUUUCCAUGUACUUGGGGUGGUUUCGCUGCCCCUAGUGAUCAGAGGGAGUUUUACAGCUAUGAUUCGGAGUUUUACGGCAACAGUAGUCGAAGAGAGCCAUGUUCAUACAAUUUUUCUGGUUUAUCUUGUCGCAGUGGACAUGAGAUCCAAAAUCCACAAGGCCAGCUUACUUACAUGUUCUUUGGGAAUGAAAGUAAGGAAGAUGAUCAGGAAGAAGUGGGAAGUGAGGCCAUGAAAAAGAAAAAUACUGGGUUUAUAGACUUCCUUGGUGUGGGCUUAUCAAAUUGAUAUCUAGCCCUUUUGUGUACAGUAAGCUACUGAACAUUUCAUGCAAAGGGUUAUUGGUCUCAAUGGGUAAACCUAAUCUGGAUAGUUUUGGAUGCCCUCACAGGUUUGAUUGGAUCUGAAUCUAUCCAUGAAUUAUCCAUCUUUUUAAACUGAGUAGCCAAUAACUAUCCUUGUUUGAUGGUGGUUUCAACAACUCUGGUAGUUCAAAUAAGUGGUAAUAAAUGUACUUGGAUGAACUCUUUCCAAGUAUUCACAAAUUUUCAGUUUGUAUGGUGGAAACUUGGUUUAGAUCAAGUUCUAAGAAACUCUGUUUAGGAUUUCAUUCAUAAGCUUUCUACGUAU